AUGUCCACUCGCAACGGGAAUCCUCCGCCUCUGCCCUCCGGCUUGCCAGUCGCGGAUCCCAUCGGCGCCAUCGGCGCAUCCCCCUUCGCAGCAGCCAACACCUUCUCAGGCGAGUUCUUGGGCCUCGCAAUUCCAGACGACGAUCAACUCUGGGGCCUCAGCCCUGUUUCACCAAUCAUGGGCACCGGUGGCUGGGACACCAAAGCCGACGCCGCGGCCUUCGCCAGCUCCGCGCUAGAGCGCGACCUCAAGAAUGCCCAGGUCCGCAACGGCCAGCCCACACCUCCACCCUACGAUGACCAGCACGGGCGUGACACCUCCAGCCUCGAGGCGGAGCCGGCCAGCAAGCGCCGCCGUGCCCGUGAGUCUCAAACCGCCGCCGCCAGCCUGAGCCCGGAUCUGGACGACUGUCCGCGGCACCAGCAGCCCGCUGCGCGGGCCAAGUUCCUCGAGCGCAACAGGCUCGCUGCCAGCAAGUGCCGGCAGAAGAAGAAAGAGCAUACACAGCAACUAGAGUUUCGGUACAAAGAGCAAUCCGAGAAGCGGGAGCGACUGGUGAGCGAAAUAGCGCGGCUGCGCUCGGAGAUCCUCAGCCUGAAGAACGAGGUCCUGAAGCAUGCCCAGUGUGGCGACGAGCCGAUCAAGCUGCAUCUCGCGCAGAUGGUGAAGAAGAUUACCGAUACGGAUGGCCCGCCACCGGCGCCCGUUGACCCGCCCAUGCACCUGCCUGAGCAUGUCCCAGCGUCGCCGUCCGAUGCGCCCACGCCGACCCCGGCUACUUGUACGGCGCCGGCACUUUCAUUUGGCUUUGAUGAUGCGCUGCAACUGGAGCCUGCGGCGGUGGCGGCUGCGGAGGCGUUCGAGCAGCAGUUGCGUCGGGACUCGGAGGUUUCGCUGGUUUCUGAGUCCUCGUAUGCCUUCUCGGCAGACGAUACCUUUGACGACCUAAUCAAUGUGUAA